UUUUUUUUUUGUUGUUAGUUUCCAUUAUUAACAAACUGAAAAGAAUACACGAUUCAACACAGGACUUAAAAGAGUCGACUGUCAAUUUAAAGAAACAAAAAAAAAUGGACGAUAUGAGCAGUGGAUCUGAUAGUGAUUAUGCCAAGUAUUGGAUUGAUUGGUUUUUAGAAACAAAGGGAAAUGAAUAUUACUGUGAAAUUGACGAGGAAUAUAUAUUGGAUCGCUUCAACUUGACAGGUCUUAAUGUCGAAGUACAACAAUAUUAUGCAGAAGCAUUGGACAUGAUUACUGACAACCUUGAUGAAGAGAGAUUCGACGAAAAGGCCAGAGACCAAAUUGAAAGAGCAGCUCGUCACUUAUAUGGUUUAAUUCACGCUCGUUUUGUCAUUACUACUCGUGGAUUAGCAAAGAUGCUCGACAAAUAUAAAAAGGCUGAAUUCGGAAGAUGCCCACGUGUGCUCUGUAACUUGCAGCCAUUGUUACCUGUUGGUCUAUCCGACGUACCUGUCACCAAAACCGUAAAGUUGUACUGUCCUCGUUGUGAGGACAUUUACAACCCAAAAUCCUCUCGUCAUGCAUCCAUUGAUGGCGCCUAUUUUGGCACUUCUUUCCCUCAUAUGCUCUUCCAAGUUCACCCCAAUUACAUGCCCACAAAGUCAAUUGAACGUUACGAGCCUCGUAUCUUUGGCUUCAAAAUUCAUCAAAUCGCUGAACAACACAGAUGGCAAGAUAAAGCCCGUGAAGAAUAUCAAAACAAAUUGAAGGAAAAGAAAAUUGAUGAAAAGUCAGAUUUAGCAUAGAUAUUUUUUUUAUAUUAUCACAUAAAAAAAGAAAAAAAAAAACAACAAAAGGGAAUGUACAAUUAAG